GGCUGGACCAGGUCGUGGGCGGCCCUUUUGAAGGAGGGAGCUGGAGCGGGGAACAGCCACCCUACCUAUCCCCCAGCCUGGCCCUCCCCCACCCCUCCCAACCUGCUCCCCCCAGGGGCCAAGAGGAGUUGCCGGCAGGGCCCCUCAGCGUUCAGGAGAAGAUGGGGAGCCCCGAGGACGACCUCAUUGGGAUCCCGUUCCCGGACCACAGCAGUGAGCUCCUGAGCUGCCUCAACGAGCAGCGCCAACUGGGCCACCUGUGCGACCUCACCAUCCGGACGCAGGGCCUUGAGUACCGCACCCACCGCGCCGUGCUGGCUGCCUGCAGCCACUACUUCAAGAAGCUCUUCACCGAGGGCGGUGGCGCCGUCAUGGGGGCCGGGGGUGGCGGCGGGACAGCCGUGGGGGGAGCAGGGGCAGGCGUGUGCGAGCUGGACUUCGUGGGGCCCGAGGCUCUGGGAGCCCUGCUGGAGUUUGCCUAUACAGCCACACUGACCACCAGCAGCGCCAACAUGCCGGCCGUGCUGCAGGCCGCCCAGCUGCUGGAGAUCCCCUGUGUCAUCGCCGCCUGCAUGGAGAUCCUGCAGGGCAGCGGGCUAGAAGCUCCGAGCCCGGACGAGGACGACUGCGAGCGAGCCCGCCAGUACCUGGAGGCCUUUGCCACGGCCACGGCCUCAGCCUCGGGAGUUCCCAACGGUGGAGACAGCCCUCCACAGGCGCCGCCGCCACCGCCCCCUCGGCCUGUCGCCCGCCGUAGCCGCAAGCCCCGCAAAGCUUUCCUGCAGACCAAGGGGUCCCGGGCGAACCACCUGGUACCUGAGGUGCCCGCAGUACCCACCCAUCCGUUGACCUAUGAGGAGGAGGAGGUGGCCGGCAGAGUGGGCAGCAGUGGGGGCAGUGGGCUGGGGGACAGUUACAGUCCUCCCACAGGGGCUGCCUCACCCCCCGAGGGGCCCAUGAACUAUGAGCCCUUUGAAGGAGAAGAAGAGGAGGAGGAGCUGGUGUACCCCCCGGCCUACAGGCUGGCACAGGUCGGGGGGCCCCCGCUCUCCCCAGAGGAGCUGGGCUCGGAUGAGGAUGCCAUCGAUCCCGACCUGAUGGCCUACCUCAGCUCCCUGCACCAGGACGCCCUGGCGCCCGGCCUGGAUGGCCAAGACAAACUGGGAGUGCGCAAGCGCCGCUCCCAGAUGCCCCAGGAGUGCCCCGUCUGCCACAAGAUCAUCCACGGGGCAGGCAAACUGCCCCGCCACAUGAGGACCCACACGGGCGAGAAGCCCUUUGCCUGUGAGGUCUGCGGCGUCCGUUUCACCCGGAAUGACAAGUUGAAGAUCCACAUGCGGAAGCACACCGGGGAGCGCCCCUACUCGUGCCCACACUGCCCAGCCCGCUUCCUGCACAGCUACGACCUCAAGAACCACAUGCACCUGCACACGGGGGACCGGCCCUACGAGUGCCACCUGUGCCACAAGGCUUUCGCCAAGGAGGACCACCUGCAGCGCCACCUCAAGGGCCAGAACUGCCUGGAGGUGCGCACCCGGCGGCGCCGGAAGGACGAUGCACCGCCCCACUACCCACCGCCCUCGGCCGCCACGCCGUCCCCCGCGGGCCUCGACCUCUCCAACGGCCACUUGGACACCUUCCGCCUCUCUCUGUCUCGAUUCUGGGAGCAGUCGGCCCCCACCGGGCCGCCCGUCUCCACUCCAGGGCCCCCUGAUGACGAGGAGGAGGAGGGGGCACCCACCACUCCGCAGGCUGAAGGUGCCAUGGAGUCCUCUUAAAGAGGGACGGGCGCCGGCUGGAGCAGCGCACGCGGGGCCGCCCAUGCCAAGCAGUGGGAGCCUGCAGGACGGACGGAGCUGGGGUCAGAGCACAGGGCCGCCCUGGCGUCAGAAAUCAUCCCCUUCUCCCCAGAGCCCUGGUUCCAGUUCCAAGCUGAGAAGGUUUUGGGGCGAAGGCUCCCCAGAUUGGGGUGGCCUCCCAAGGAGUGAUCCAUAUGAUCUUAUGUAUAUACUUACAGCUCUCUUGUAAAGGUGGGGUCCCUGUCUCCAGCUGUGCCUGGGGAGUAGAAGCAAUAAUGUAUUUCUGAUUUAUGGGG